ACUUGCCAUCGAGACUGCCAAGUUGAUAUACUAUGACACAUAAUAUGAUUAUAAACCAUCAGCUCUUUCCUUCCCGCUCCUGGAUAGGAGUGAGACUUCCAUAUUAGUUGGGAAGGCACAAUAGAAGCAGUGUUUCAACCCAAAAAUUUACUCUCCCAGGUUUCUAUUCUAUUCUCUCAUCUCUCAGUCUCCCAAUCUUUCGUCUCUUCAACUCGUCUCCGUCUCUCAUCCUCAUUGUGUCUCUACCAACAAUUGUUUCAUCCACCACCACUUUACAACCUAGCCAGCAUAAACAGAACUGCAGAUCACAUUAAGAUGCGAAGAAACGCCCUUCUUGGGGUCCUGGGGGCCUCUGGGCUCGCGGGAUUAGCCACGGCUCAAGGGUACGGAAACGGGUGAGUGAUUGAUUGAUUGACCAGCUUGAUGAUAUGUCUAUCUGUCUAUCGGUGAUGCUAACAAGUCUCGGAAGACCUUCUUCAACCGCUGGAGGCGGAAGCGGAAGCGGAAGCGGAAAUGGAAACGGUGGUGGAAAUGGAGGUGGGAAUGGCGCUGGAACCUGUCCUGCUCAUACCAUCUUCGUGACUGUUACUCCGGUCAAUCUUCCCACUGUUGUCUCUACUGUCAUCUCUACUGUUAUUUCUACUGUCACUCCUGGUCAAGGUGGCUCUGGUGGCUCUGGCUCGAAUUCUGGCACUAAUGUCUUUCAAUCUACUUCACCUGUGGCCUGGUCUCCGUCCAGAACGAUCACUAUCCCUUGUUCUACUGAAUUAUCUGGCACUGUUCCCUGGUCUACUGAUUUCCUCACUAUCACUCUACCCCCUGCUCCUAGCAACACGGUUCCCGGCGUUCCCGUUACUUACACGAUUGUCAGCCCUGGUGGUGGUGGUGGUGCUGGUGGACCAGGCGGGCAAGGUGGGCAAUCGACAGGAGGCAGCCCUGGAGUUUCAACUAUUCCUCCGGGCCCAUUUGGUAUCUCUUCUUCCCCAGGCCAAUAUCCUGCCACUUACACUGAGACUCUCUCCGGAGGCGUUGGAAAUACCCCUUUCGCUACGAUUACAAUCACAGCUCCUGGAGGCUCACCAAGUGGUGCUGGCCAGGGAGGACCAAAUGGCCCAGAAAGUUCUGAGACAAUCGUUGUCGUCUUCCCUUCACAGACUGCCGGAAGUCCCGGUGGUUCUGGCUCAGGCUCAGGCUCAGGCUCAGGCCCCGGUUCAGGUUCAGGCUCGGGUUCUGGUUCCGGUUCUGGUUCCGGAAGUGGUCCAAAUGGUCAAGGGAUCUCACCAACAGCUGCUACUACCACCCCUUGUGAAUCUACUGGCAAUGCCGGAGGUUCAGGAUCCGAAACUGGCCCAGGCGGUCAAGGCGUCCCCUCCGAGACCACCAUUUGGGCUGCACCUUCUGAGACUGGUAGUGGUUCCGGCGGCGCAGGUGGCCAGGGCAUUCCACCGAGCAUCACUUUGACUGCACCGGGGGAGUCACCCAGCAACUCUGCCGGCGGGUCAGGCCCUGGAAGUCCUGGUGGUUUUGGUAGCCAAAGCACCCUCGAAACGAUUACCUUAACCCUACCUGGAGUCUCUGGUGGCCCAAGCUUUGUCGAUAUACUUACUAUUACUGCACCUGGAGCAUCGCCAACUGGCCCCGCAGGUGGCCCCGGGGGCUCUGGAGGUCCUGGCGGUGCAGGUGGGCAAGGUACUCCACAAACCAUUACAGUAACAGUCCCGAGCGUAUCUCCUGGUAGUUCUGGAACUUCGCCAUGCCCAGAGGGAAGUGGAUCCGGUUCUUCCAACCCGAAUGUCAUUACAGUUACCGGCACUGGCGGUGCUCCCGGUGGCGGCGCUGGAGGACCAGGCGGUCAAGGCCUCCCUUCAACGGCCCUUCCAACGAUUACCAUCACUGCCCCCGGAGGAUCCCCUAGCAAUCCUUCUGGCGGUUCGGGAGGUUCGGGAGGCAGCAGCAACGUUCAUACUAUCACUCUAACAGCUCCCGGUGAGUCAUCGGGUACGGGAGAGGGUUCCGCUCCGUUUGUCAUCACUGUCACUGGUACUGGAAUUACUCCAGGUGCUCCAGAAACCAUUACUUUUACAGUUCCCAGUGGACCGUCAGGUAACCCUGCAGGUGGAUCCGGUGGUCCCGGUGGCCAGAGUAUUCCUUAUACUAUUACCGUGACAGCACCAGGACAGUUACCAAGCAACACUGGUGAGGGAUCCGGAGGCCCUGGAGGUGAGAACAACCCAGUCCCCCCCGCAGGAUAUCAUACUAAUAGCGCCAGGUGAAUCCCCAAGCGGCUCUGCGAGCGGGCCCGGAGGUCCGGGUGGUCAGGGCGUUCCCCAAACCAUCACUGUCACAGCGCCAGGUGCAUCAGCAGGUAAUCCUGGAGGGUCGCCCGGAGGUUCCAAUGGCCAGAGUACAACACCAUGCACCACGGGUGAAUCCGGUUCAGUUUCGUACCCGUAUGUUACCACUGUCACCGGCACCAACAACGGCCCUGGCGGAAGCAAUGGAGGCGCUGGCUCU